AAUAAAAAGUGAAAUGUUCCCAGUGCGAAUGCCUCCGGACCCGAGGGGUGUCGAGGGUUUAUGAGACAUUGGGGGAAAAAAUUGGAAUUGCGAUUCGGCGAUUCUUUCUCCGAUUUUUAAAGCCAAAUGAUCUCUCGGUGGAAUUCAAUCCGUGAAUUUUCUCCACCCAUUCACUGAUUCUUUAGUCGCGUACAGAAUAAAAUUCAAUGCGACUUAUCCAGCACAAAGGUGAAGCUAUCCGACAUUUUCCAAUUGGCUGAGAAAUGCGAGAUAUUUUUCCCUAUUCCCUUUGACUACUCUUAUUCAAUUUUAUUAUUCACAGGUAAUCGGGCGAUGGUGAAAAACGUCGAGGGGUUGGAAAUAUCGAUGGAGUGAAUUUUCUCCCGUUGAUUCCACAGCCGAGAGGAGGAAUGGGCCUUGGGGCCUUUGACGUAAUACUCGUCCUUGUUUCCACUUCGGGCCUUAUUCUCAAUGCCUACGUGCUGCUUGUUGCUCUUGGCCUCAAUAAACAAACUCAACAGCAACAGACAGCUAAUACUGUACUCCUGCUAGUACACCUUGGAGUUGUGGAAUCAGCUGUUUGCCUUGCGAUAUUGCUGUUCAGCAGUGGUGGAUGGCCAUUGGCAGGACCCUGGUGCACUCUGUACGGUUUUAUCUUCAAUGCCCUGCAUCCAGUGGCACUUUGGACAGUCACCGGGCUGAAUUGUGAUAGGUACUACGCGAUAUCAGCACCACUCCACUACACAGCAGUGGUGUCCAGGAAACGAGUAAUCCUCGGUCUUAUUACCUCUUGGAUUUUUCCCCUCCUCCUCUGUCUCCCUCCACUAUUCGACAUUGCACCGUCCUAUAAAUACAAUUACGAUUUUGGCUGUUGUGUCCCAGAAUUUACCAACUCCUGGGGCACAACUGGAAUAAUCUAUGCAACAAUUUACGUUUUACUCGGCCUAAUGCUCCCAGUCUUCCUCGUGACACUCUGCAAUCUCCGGGUCCUCGGAAUCGCGAGGUAUCAUCGGCACAGAAUUGCCAGUGCCAUUUAUGAGGUGACCUUGAGCGCUCAAGUCACGAUAACACAUCAGAGGAAUCCAUUCUAUGUGCCAACGAUAACAGCACCGAGUGCUGGGGGACCACCGAGAUUUCACAGUGCUGCCAGCACUGUCAUGCAACUGGUUGUUCCUCUCUAUCUCCUCUACUUCCCGUACUGUGGAUUAAUCCUGUGGGAGGCGUGGAGUGGUAAAUCUGUACAAAAUGGCCCAAAUACCCACAUGUGGAUAGCGUCCUUGGCCUCACUACUGUUAGCCCUUUCACCCCUGAUUAAUGGAAUCCUCUACGGAGUUAAGUCACGAACACUUAGAAGAUCCUUUCAGAAUUACCGGAGGAAAAAAGUCACAAAGUCGGAGCUUCAACAGGAAAUACAGGCGAGGACACCGAGUGCAGCUGGAUCUAGGCGAGCAUCAGGGAGUGGUCCCGUAUCAUUAUUUCCAUUUCCACCCACUCAGAGACGUCUUAGUGAGGCACUACUUUAUUUAGGUACUCAUUCAAGGGGUCAGGGCUUUGACAGUGAAAAUACCAGGUGUUUCAGCAAAAGCAGAAUGCAGUUUGCCUCGUGCAAUACGCUACAAGUACCCACUCCUGAAUCCGGGGAUGCUGCAACGAAACCCGUACGCACAAGCGCAAGCGCAGCAAAUCUCAUAGAUCCGGCUUAUCGUCAAGAUACAGCGAGUGUGACACAGUAUGACACAUACCCAAAUUCAUCAAAACGCAGUCCCCGUAUUCUCAUAACACGUACAUACAGUACCGAGAGCCCAGAGGGCGGAAGUCCUCUCCUGAAACGCAACCGCCCACCGCCUAACUCAUCCCCAACAUCAAACGAAAGAAGCAGAUGGAGAAACACAAGUGCAGGAAGUGACAGUAGCACUGGUAGCAGUGAUUUGAGCGUUUGGACAACGAAAAUAUCGCCGAAGGGUGAUAUCGUGAAUUUUAAAAGUUCAGUUGACAAUUGGCCAGUUGGCAGGCGUUUUACACGUGUUAAGACCCUUGAGGAAGGGCCAACGAUGUUCGCUGGUACCCGAAGAAGUAAUAAUAGCGAGAGCAGCGAUACAACUGAUACGACAGCUACAACCACAACAUCGACACUACCGUCCAGGACUACUGUACCCACAGCAGAAAAGACGAGCCCUGGAGACACGAGGGAGGAGUCCAAAGAGGGCGAUAGCGAGAGUGAAUCGACAUGGUCUAGUGGAGAUGAGAACGGAAAAUUGAAUGAAUGUAAUGGUGAGAAGAUUAUUCACGAUGGUAAGAGGAAUGGGGGUGAAAUUGUCAAGGACAUUCACUGCGGAGAACCGAGAAAGUACAAGAGAAAGAGGAGGGAAAGGGGUGAGAUAUUGAAGGGUGAGGGGGAACGAGAGGGGGCAAUGCAACUGAGACCUCUCCUCACACCCUCGUCAUAGAUGAAUACAAAUUAUUCUCGUAUUUCUCAUCGAUGUUGUCUUUUUUCCCCCAUUCUCCAUUUUUAAUGGUCCCCUCUCGUGAAAAUCGCCCGAAUAAUUGCAUAAAAUUUAAAAAUAUUCGGACUAUUUUUACAUUACCGAGAAUUAUUCCUUUUUUAUUCAUUAAUUCUCUCAAUUAUUCCUUCCCUCGUGCAUACCUGCGCUGAUUUAUUUAUUAUUACCCGCGAUUACAGGCAAUUAUCGAUUAAUUUUUUAAUGUGAAAACGCGAGAAACUAUUUGACAUCCACAUCUCGAUUAAAAACAUAUCCAUGAAAUGAUAUUUUUGUACUGAUCCUCAGGAGUCCGACCGCUGAAAAUAAUUAGCAAGAUGCAAUUGAAGGAAA